GCUAUGUUCAUGUUUCUGGGUAAAAAGUUCAUGCCCUGGAUAAAGCUACAAAACUCUCUUCCGUCGAACUCACUUCCUUCCAUCGCCAAUUACCACCGUCGUAGGCCUUGCCACCACCGAUUACUCUUUUCCACUCAUUCAAACCGCAUCUCGAUUUAUGUUUCGUCUAUUCUCCACCUCAGUUGUCUCAUAUCCACUAUCGCCAACAUCCUCCAGUUCCAGAGCCUCUGUUGCUGCAUCAUCCUUCUGAGUGGAAUUGCUGAUGACAACUUGUAGCUGUGGAUUCCGGCAACAACUACACCUUCUCCAACUAGUCCGAAAGUGGUGGAGAUCAUAGCUUCCGGUCGCAAUUUUUGUUCUCUUUUUCUCCAAUGGCAGCUCCUUUUACUACUGCAUUCUCGCCGAUUUCUUCUUUUUCUUCUAGUUGCUGUGUUGAGCUUACCACAUCACCGCACUUUCUGAUGAAACUGAGUUGGAAAGUGUUUCAUCCGAAGAUCGCCAUGGAAGGUGGGCGAGUGACUUUCAAAAUUGUUCUUUCAUACCACGGGGCAUCUUUUGAUGGGUGGCAAAAGCAACCAGGAUUGAGUACCGUUCAAAGUAUAGUAGAAGGUUCACUUGGCAAAUUUGUUGAUGAAAAGAAAACUCAACUACUCAAGUACAAAGGUUUGCCUGUUGAAGGCUGUGCUGUUGUUGCAAGUUGUACUGACAAAGGGGUGACAGCACUUCAACAAGUCUGUUCUUUCUAUACUUGGAGGAAGGAUGUUAAACCAAGAGAGGUUGAGGAUGCAAUCAAUAGUGCAGCACCUGGAAAACUUAGGGUCAUAUCAGUUUUUGAGCCAACAAGAAGAUGAACAUAAAAUUAUCUCUGAUGGAGUAUCUUCAGUGGCAGGUUAUUAAUCUCUUUCAUCCCACCUUAUGCUACUUUUAAAACCCCUUUCUCUUCCUUUUUUUUCCAAUUGCAUCCUAGUUAUAUUGCAGGUAAUUUGUUUUCUCUGAUAUUUGUUCCAUUUUGGGUUUGAGCAAAGUAACUUGCUUUCCCAAAAGACAAAGUGAUUGAUGAUAUGUAUGAAUUGACUCUGUCAUUAACCUUAUAACCAUUGUUAGCAUUGGACCCGUGUUUCUUUAAAUUUGAUUGAUUUAUUGAUUUGGUGU